AUGAAAGUCACAAUCAGAUUAUCUACCGAAUCAUCCUUCCAAGUCACCGUUCCCGACAAUUCAACAGUUGAAGAUUUGAGAAACAGUGUCAAAGUGGCAUCACCUACAUCACUUCCCAAGGAGUUCAAAUUGAUUUAUAAUGGGCAGAAGCUACAACCCUACAACGAAUCUUUAUCUUCAUUGGGCAUGAAACCCGAGAAUGAAUCUAUACAAGUUAUAUUGAUGGCACAAAGUACUGACACACCACCAAUAUCGCCGCAAGUUUCUUCCAGCAAUCUUGCUGCAUCGACGGCAACCACGAGCAAUAGCACUGCCGCUUCAUCAACCAUAAAGAAGACAAAGAAAAAGAACAAGUGUUCUUUUAAAUCUUGCAAUUCAACGCCUUUGAGGAUGGUGGGCACUUGUUCACAUUGCCAAGGUAAAUUCUGCGCUAAGCACAGGUUAUUAGAGGACCACAUGUGUCUCGGUCUACAAUAUUGUAAAGAUGAUGCUCAUGAGACCAAUGCUAUGAAGUUACAAAACGAGAGCACCAUUGCCAGCAGAGUUUAA